CACUACCACUUAUUAAUCCAACUCCCAACACCUCAUCUUCAUUCUUGCAAACACCAAUAAUAUGCUUAUUAGGAGAAGCAAAACCACUUUCUUUUUAGAUAUGGACGAUGAUCAAGAUUUCAACUACAAGGAACCAGAUACUUCUAAGCAAACAAUGAGAAACUCCAUGAUCUCAAAUGAAGCAUCCUCAUCUUCAUCAAAUUCAUCAGUAGGAUUAAGAAUACUCAUAUAUAAUCAUUCUGCUUCUCCUCAAGAAUCAAAAAACACAGUCUUACUGAAACACACGUUCAAAUUGAGUGUUUUAGCUUCAACAUAUUCUCAAGAAUCAAGUUUUCUGAGAUCAUGUUGUCUGUGCAAGAAAAAGUUAAGUCCUGAAAAGAAUGUGUACAUGUACAUGGGUGAUCAAGGUUUUUGCAGCGAAGCUUGCCGGUCUAGGCAGAUUGUGAAGGACGAGAUGAGAGAAAUUGAAGCAUCAACCAAAAGGAUAUUGUCAUCGUCUCCGUACUGUCCCAAAAACGUUCGAAUUCGUCUACCGUCUCAUCGGGAUCGUAUUCCAGUAGCAGCAUAAAGCCAUUUUGCGAACUAGAGCCGCAGCACAGAUCCAUUGCGGUAUUUUCUUUUGGGAUUUGAUAGAUCAAUAAUCUUUGUAAUUGAUCAUACAUUUUUGGAUAGGUAAUAGGUUGUUUCACUUUUCUUUCUUCCUUUUUUUUCACCCCAUGGGCCUUUGGGUGAGCCUGGCCCUUAGUGAAUAUACUAGUGUAUACCAAAUAUACCUUUUUUUUACUAUGCAUGCUUGUAGCAUGAAAUUGGAAGAUAAGGCGGAUAGUGACUUCUUUUUCAUCAAUCACAUACAUCACUUUUUUUUUUCUUA